CAAACGUGAUUCGAUCAAUUUGUUUUCGUAAAUUUUAAAAACCAAGAAAGCCAGCCGCCCUCUCCAAUUCUAAUAAUACCAUGAAACGUCCUUUCCAAGAAACAAACACCGCUGUGGCGCCCAACUCCGGCGACAACCCUCUUGCUCCCAAGCCCGUUUUCUUAACUAAGGCUCAGAGGGAGCAGUUGGCCCUCCAACGCCUUCAGGAACAUCGCGUCCAAGAACAACACCACCUUCACCGCCUUAAUCCCUCUAAGUCCGGUUCCUCCAAACCUUCCCCCAAUUCCAACUGCCGAGACCGUGAAAGGAGGCGACACAGGGAACGUUACUCGGAAUGCCGCAACCGCCAGCAUGAGGAGGAAGCCAAGGAGCGUAAGCGUGCGCGGUUGGAGAAAUUGGCGGAUCGAGAGCGUGAGAAGGAGUUGGAGGCGAUUAAAGAACACUAUAUUGGAUCUAAGAAGCCGACGAGGAAGGUUAUGAAGAUUACUGAGAAAUUUCGCUUCUCUUUUGAUUGGGAAAACACGGAAGAUACUUCCAGGGACGUGAAUUCCUUGUGCCAAAAUCCUCACGAGGCCCAGCUCUUGUUCGGACGAGGGUUCCGAGCCGGAGUCGACCGGAGGGAGCAGAAAAAGCUUGCUGCCAAGAAUGCGAAGGAGAUGCUAGAGGAAAUUCGCAGAAAAGAGGGCGUUGAAUUGAAACCGGGAGUUGCUGCUGCACAGAGGCUCCGGGAGGAAGCUGCUGAUAUGUACGAUUCUUUCGAUAUGAGACUCGACACCCACUGGUCCCUGAAGAAGUCGGAGGAGAUGACUGAGAGAGAUUGGAGAAUUUUCAGAGAGGAUCUCAAUAUUUCCUAUAGGGGAUCCAAAAUUCCUCGGCCUAUGAGGAGUUGGGGUGAGAGCAAGUUGAGUCCGGAGCUGUUGAAAGCCAUAGAAAGAGUUGGGUACAAGAAGCCGUCUCCGAUUCAGAUGGCUGCGAUUCCAUUAGGAUUGCAACAGAGGGAUGUGAUUGGGAUUGCAGAAACUGGUUCUGGGAAGACUGCUGCUUAUGUUUUGCCUAUGCUGUCUUACAUUUCUAGGCUUGCUCCAAUGAGCCAAGAGAAUGAGGCUGAGGGGCCUUAUGCGGUUGUCAUGGUGCCUACUCGAGAACUUGCACAGCAGAUUGAGGAUGAGACAAUGAAGUUUGCACAUUACAUAGGUAUCAAAGUGGUGUCAGUUGUUGGUGGACAUUCCAUAGAGGACCAAGGGUUUAAAGUUAGCAAGGGUUGUGAUGUUUUAAUAGCAACACCAGGUCGUUUGCUUGAUUGCUUGGAAAGGCGGUAUGUUGUUUUGAACCAGUGUAAUUAUGUUGUUGUUGAUGAGGCUGAUCGCAUGAUGGAAAUGAAUUCUGAGGAGCAGGUGAUGGAUGUGUUGGAUGCAUUGACUUCCAGCAACUCAAAACCAGAGAAUGAAGGUGAUGAGAAAAAGAUUUCCAGGACAACUUACAUGUUCAGUGCUACAAUGUCACCUGCUGUGGAGAGGCUUGCGAGGAAUUACUUGAGAAAUCCUGUUGUUGUUACUAUUGGAACGCCUGGAAAGGCCUCUGAUUUGAUUUCCCAACAUGUAAUCAUGAUGAAGGAACCAGAGAAGUUUCAGAAAAUGCAGAGAUUACUUGAUGAACUUGGGGAUAAGACUGCUAUUGUUUUUGUUAACACUAGAAGGAAUGCAGAUACCAUUUCUAAGAACUUAGAUAAAGCUGGAUAUCAUGUGAUAAGUUUACAUGGAGGGAGAACACAGGAGCAGAGGGAAAUAAGCCUUAAGGGGUUUAAGACCAAGAAAUACAAUGUGCUUGUUGCUACUGAUGUUGCUGCUCGUGGUAUUGACAUUCCUGAUGUGGCUCAUGUCAUUAACUAUGAUAUGCCUCAUAAAAUUGAAAUGUACACACAUCGAAUUGGACGAACAGGCCGGGCAGGAAAGACAGGUAUGGCCACAACAUUUUUAUCUCUUCAGGACACUGAUGUGUUUUAUGAUCUCAAGCAGAUGCUUAUGCAAAGUAAUAGUCCUGUCCCUCCUGAUCUUGCAAGGCAUGAAGCUUCAAAGUUCAAACCAGGAACGAUCCCUGGCCAACCUCCUAGACGCAAUGCCACUGUUUUUGCUCGUUGAGAAAUUGAUAUUUUGGUACACUUAUUUUUUUGUUUGGAAAAUAUUUUGGUAGCCAUUUUAGAAGGUGAAGAAUUGAUUUUAUUUUCUUUUUGAUUCUUUAUACUUAAUCUGCUUUUGCUUUGAAUGUGGAAUAUUAUGGUUAUUUCUUCUAAUUUAGUGUACUUUCUUAAUUUCUUUCAUUUAUGUCAGUCUUUGAGAUUGCAGAAUUUGAUAGUUUGCAAUUGGCAUCUGCAUUCCCCUAUGAUACCAGUUGGGUAUCCUACUGCUGACUUUAUUUCUGGGGAAUUUUAAAGUACUUGGAUCCUGAUUUUUGAGUACCACUGCAACUACCAGUUGAAUGAUCAAGUGAUGUCUAUAGUUAUGGAGUUGCGUUACUAACUUGUUUGAGCUAGUGACCUCCCAAAAGGGCUGCUGGGCAAGGAAUCCUCAGAUCUAUCAAACUCUUCUCAGAGCUUGCAUUUGCCUGUCUCAGAGAGAAGAAAGCAGAUAGAUCUGGAAUGAAGGAUGUUGUUCAAGAUCUUGAAUGCAUACUUCAGAAUAUCGAUCAGGAAAACAUUCCUAAUGAGAUUAGUAUUAACAUCACAUAUGAACUGUUUUAACUACAUGUCAAUUGGGAUAUGUGCAAAAUGCUAAUAUGUGAAUAUUCAUUUUAAAGGAAGGAUUGGAUUUUGGAGGACCAUUAGCUUUGGGUGGUGCAAAGAAGCAAAAGUGAUUCAAAAGAUGGGAUUUGAGUGGAUGGAAAAACAUAAAGCAGGAUAUCGUUUGACAACUUUACAUGGUGGGAGAACGCAGCAGAGAGAAAUUAGCCUUGAUGGUUUCGAGACCAAGAUAUACCAAUGCAACGGAUGUUGCUGUUUCGCGGUACUGAUAAUAUUCCUGAUGUGGCUCAAGCCUCAUGUCAUUAACUAUGAUCUGCCUCAUAGAAUUGAAAUGUAUGCAUAUCAAAUUGGAUGAACAGGACAUGAAUAGAAGACAGGUGAAUAUAUAAACAGCAGAAAGAUGC